GAGGGGCUGCCGCAGCGCCCGGGGUUCCCUGAGGAACAGCGCGGCCCCCGGCUCCCAGUCUCCCUCCCGACUGUCGGCUGUCGCCGGCCCCCCGCGACCGCUGCGCCCUCCGGUCCUGACGACCAGCCGGUGAGUGCCCCAGUUGCGCCUGUCGCCGCGCGCCCCUCCCCGGCCCGGCGCCUUCUCCCAGCGCGGCGCGCCCCCGCGCCCAGGCCCUGCGCCCUGCGGACGUGCUAGGCCGCUCCUUCUCAGCCCCCGCCGAGCCCACCCGGGCACCUCCGACGCCGGGGCAGUGGAGAAGGUCAAGGCCGCGCCCGGGAAGAUGUACCAGAGCCUGGCGCUGGCCCCGAGCCCCGGCCAGGCCGCCUACGCCGACUCGGGCGCCUUUCUGCACGCACCGGGCGCCGGCUCCCCGGUGUUCGUGCCGCCGGCGCGCGUCCCCUCCAUGCUGCCUUACCUGCCGGCGUGUGAGCCGGGCCCGCAGCCCCCGGCGCUCGCCGCGCACCCCAACUGGGCGCAGGCGGCCGCGGCAGACUCGUCAGCCUUCGGCUCCGGCAGCCCGCACCCGCCGGCCGCUCAGCCUCCCGGGGCCACCACGUUCCCUUUCACGCACAGCCCGCCGGGCCCUGGCGGCGGUGGCGGCGUCGGGAGCCGGGACAGCAGCGCCUACCAGGGCGCAGUGCUGGCUCGAGAGCAGUAUCCGGCCCCGCUCGGGCGGCCCGUGGGCGCCGCGUACCCCACCGCGUACCCGGCGUACGUGAGCACCGAGGUCGCCCCGUCCUGGACCUCCGGACCCUUCGACAGCAGCGUUCUGCACGGCCUCCCGGGCCGCCCGGCUGGCCUUGCGGGCCGCAGAGCCACCUUCGUGUCCGACUUCCUGGAGGAGUUCCCCGGCGAGGGUCGCGAGUGCGUCAACUGCGGGGCGCUGUCCACGCCGCUGUGGCGCCGCGACGGCACCGGCCACUACCUGUGCAACGCCUGCGGCCUCUACCACAAGAUGAACGGCGUCAACCGGCCGCUCGUGCGCCCCCAGAAGCGCCUGUCCUCCUCCCGCCGGGCCGGCCUCUGCUGCACCAACUGCCACACGACCACCACCACACUGUGGCGGCGCAACGCCGACGGCGAGCCGGUGUGCAACGCCUGCGGCCUCUACAUGAAGCUGCACGGGGUGCCGCGGCCCCUGGCGAUGAAGAAGGAAAGCAUCCAGACGCGGAAACGGAGGCCUAAGAACGUGGCCAAGACCAAGGGCUCCGCAGGGUCCACAGGGAACACCACAUCCUCCCCGCUGUCCUCUGUCCCUGACCCUGAGAGCUCAGCGGCCACUUUGAAACCUGAGCCCAGCCUGGCGUCCCCUUCAUGCCCUGGGCCCAGCGUCGCCUCCCAGGCCCCCAGCCAGGCGGACGACCCCCUGGCCCCCAGCCACUUGGAGUUCAAGUUUGAGCCCGAGGACUUUGCCUUCCCUUCGGCAGCCCUGGGCCCCCAGGCCAGCCUCGGCGGGGCCCUGCGCCAGGAGGCCUGGUGUGCGCUGGCCUUGGCCUAGGUCCCCAGGCCCCCUCGGACCGCCUCGCUGCCUGCUCUGCUCCAGCGCAGCAGAGACCACCAGGCCCACCUGCCAGAAGAGACUGGAGCCAGCGGGACGUCGAGGUGCUGGGCGUCUCUGCACACGGCGGCCGGGAGGCCUUCUGUGCAGAGGGCAGUUGGGCCCCGGAGCAGGAGGAAGGCUGGUGGGGAAAGCGCUCGAGCACCCCCCACCCUCAGACAGCAAGGGACCCCCCCAAACGCUGUCCGAGGCUCUGAGCCACUCUGGCCCCUCCAGCCAAGGCUGACCCAGGGCACCCACCGCCAACUUGAAUUCUGUUGUCAGCACAGCCCAUCGUCACGUUUACAGAUGCAGCAGUUGGAAAAAAACCCAGCCUCCUUUUGUGAAACCAGGAUCACAAGUGAAAUGACUGAGGCCGGGCAGGCAACAGAAUGAGGGGAGCAGCCGGAUGUGGGACCUCCUGAGGCCUCGGGGUCUGUCCUUCACUUCCCACAUUUGAUGGAUAGAACCAUGGCUCGGAGAACUUGCCCUUCUCGGAGCACAGGAUACCAGGGACAGAUGUGCAGGUCAUGCACUGUACCAGGACGCCAGCCCAAGGGGAAGCCGGUCACAUCAUAGUCAUCGUGGACUUGUGUAUUUAUUUGGACGGUUUUCCCAGAGGGGGCAGUAAAGGGCCUUGUUCUAAGUGAA